GGGUGCCAAGUUGCUAGUCAGGUGACAUCGCAGUCCUGUGGCUGCAUCUCGGCGGAGUACACAGUACAAGAGAAAGCCUGGUUUGCCAUCCAAGUGUCACCGGUGCCGAAUGCUACUUUGAACAGUUUAAACGUUCACGAGAUGACAAGCAUUCGCGAAAUGCUCGGGACCGAGCGUACAACGCAGGGUUAG